AUGACCUCAAAUAAUAUUCAGUAUUGCACGGAACAAGACAGCAGUUUGGGACCGGAUUGGAGAUGUUUGUACUCAACAAAUGAUCCCAUAGAGUUCGAUAAGACUCAUUUUGAGCAAGCAAUGCUCAAUGUAAUCAGGCAACCAAAUGUGAAUUCUACUGUGAUUCUACGUGCAGAUAUGAUUGUAGACAAUGAGUAUGAUAUGGACGGUAAACUUACGAAAAGCGAAAGGUCAACUAUCCCUCUAGCCAACGAUGAGGGUAUACUAACCGUCAAUAUCGAUGAUUUGGAACCAAGAUCUGUACCGGUUGAACUGAGCGGUAUAGAAAAGAAAUCCGAACUUGUUAGGCGAAUUGUACCCAGGAAUCCUUUCAAGGACUGUAUUAUCAAUCAGACCUGUUUAGUAAUGAACUCAAAAAAUGAUGACUCUACCUCAUUGGUUAUAUACAUUCCUCAUUUCGAAGAUCCCGAUCUCUGCCCAUUUUAUAUCCCACAGGUAGCAGCAGUUGCAAUAUUAUUACACGAAGAUAAGUUAUCAGUGCAUUAUAUACCAUUCAAAGGACAGGAGGAACUUCUCUUGGAUCCAAAACAGAGAGUUGUGAGAACUGCGUUUAGACUAUUACAAACGGCUUAUAAACACUCAAAGGGUGUAAAGGAGGGUUAUGCGAAGAGGGUGACUCAUGAUGUUGUAGUAGAUAAGGUAUUAUUUCAGGACCAAUACAUCCACUUGAAGAAGAAAUAUUCUAAAUUUUUAGUGGACAACUGGGCUGAAAGUACUGAUCCUAAGAAGCAUGUUUUUGAAGACAUAGCUAUUGCGGCUUUCCUCAUUGAACUAUGGAAGAAAAUUUACGGAAAGGAUGAUACAAAUACUAAGAUGCAAUUUAGAGAUUUAGGAUGUGGUAAUGGUAUCCUAUGUUACAUUCUCAUUGAAGAGGGCUUCAAAGGUCUAGGGAUCGAUGCUAGACAGCGUAAAUCUUGGUCGAUUUAUCCAACAGAAGUAAGACGUUGUUUGAAGGAACAAGUGAUAAUACCCUCUGUUUUGCUAAGGCCACAUCCUUCUAUGAAGCUACAUGCUCCCCACAUACAACAUAAUGGCAGAUUUUUCCCUGUGCAAUUGUUUUCUCCAGACUUAAUCGCUCCAGCUACCAUCAUGUAUUCAUCAGCAGACUUAAUUCAGUCUCCUCAAGUUAAUACAGCUGAGUUCCCGCCAGAUACCUUUAUAAUAGGGAAUCAUAGUGAUGAACUUACUUGUUGGAUUCCCUUACUUGGUUACCCUUUUAUGGUGAUUCCUUGCUGUUCCCACAACUUGAGCGGAAAUAGAACAAGGUAUGCUGUGCGUGAUGCAGCAAGAGCAAAGAAACAAGGAAAUAGCACAUAUCAAGGUUUGGUAGAUAGAGUGGAAUACCUAGCUACGAGGGUCGGAUGGAAAAUAGAGAAAGAAAUGUUACGUAUUCCUAGUACAAGAAAUGCCGCUAUUAUUGGCUAUGAGAAAAAUCAUCCAAGUGAUCCCAAAAUUGACGAAAUAUACUCCAUACUGAUGGAGGAAGGCGGCGCUGAUGGGUGGAUUGCAAAUACUAUGAAUUUAAUGAAGAGUCAUCCUAGAAACCACUAA